ACACGCCCUCUCUUCCCGCGGCUCUAAGCCCUAGAACGCCCCUUGCUUUUGGUCGCUGUUCCCCCCGCCGGCGAUGGCCGCGCCGCCGGAGACGACGGCCGCGCCGUCCCCGCCGGAAGGGGAGCACAAGGGCAACGCGGGCGUCGAAGUCUGCUGCUUCGAGCAAUCUGCAGAAGACUUCUCCAGAGCGGUACGCGCCAUCUCGGAGCUCGCCGCCGGCGACCCCGAGCCGGGGUUCCCCGACGCCGAAGCGGAGCGUCUCGCCUCCUCGAUAACGUUCCUCAGAGAAUGGAAGCAUUUUAAUUAUGAGCCAAAAGGUGUAAGUUUUACUUACGGCACUGGAUCAACUUCAUCCAGAGAUGACACUGAGAUUACCUUACCACAGUUCUCGUCUGCAUCUGUUCCUCAGGUCACACAUUUGGAAGAUGGGAGGGAUAAUAAUACAUACAGCUCUGAUUUCAUUUUAUUCGCUGGGGGGAAUGUUUGGUCGUUGGACUGGUGCCCGAGGUUGUGCGACAAGCCUUCUUCUCCCGCAAAUUGCGAGUAUCUUGCUGUUGCUGCUCAUCCUCCUGGUUCUUCCUACCAUAAAAUUGGUAUGCCACUGAUUGGCAGAGGCAUCAUUCAAGUUUGGUGUAUUGUAGCACCCUUUGAAGAGGCACAUACUAAUCAGUCAAUGCUUGCAUACAGUAAUAGCAAUCGUAGAGGAAGGCCUAGAAAAAUACCAAAAGAGAACAAUUCAGUUGAGAGUUCAUCAGUUCCUCGAAAACCAAUAGGGAGACCGAGAAAGAUAAAACUGACGACUGGGGAUGAUCGCACGGAACGUAGUAGUCUGAAAAAACCAACGGAUCAUGCAGAACCUAGUCUGAAAAAACCAAGGGGCAGACCAAGAAAAUAUCCACUGUCAGUUGCCAAAGUGGUAGAUUCAACAAAAAAUAGCGGAAGUCCAGGCUCUAGUUUUGUUGACCCUCUUGCCACUUCAGGAGUUAUUCCAGGCGAUCUUGCAUUAUCUUGUGGUAUACCAUCUGUGCAGUCUGUGGAAUCAGCUCCAAAAAAAGGCAGGGGUAGACCUAGGAAAAUCCCAAUUGACAAAAUAAAGUGUUCGCCUGACACUGAAUGGACAGAAGAUACCUCUAGAGCUCUAAUAUGCUGCACGAAACCAAAGAAAAAGAGGGGGAGGCCCCGGAAAUAUCCACUCCCAAGCAGCAGCAAGCAUGUUUCUGGCACUGAUACUGAAUUUGAAAGAGAAACUGGAUACGCAGAGUCUAAUUCUAAUUUAAGUCUUGUUACAGUUGAUGCAGCAUUACCAGUUCCAUCUCCAUCUCUUACAAUUUGUGGGAAAAGAUCAAGAGGUCGGAAGGGUAGAGGACGACCUAAAAAGGAAACAAAUUGUUGUGCACUUUCUUCGGCAGUGGUUUCUGAUGUCCAAUCGCAGAGUAUGGAGACCAUUUCAAAUGAUCCAGCACACUCUGUUGAGAAUCAUUUGCCAUAUGGACACUCUAACUUGACAAGUGAGCUUUGUUCGAUUAGCAUGCUAAGAUGUGAUGGCAAUGUGCACACAGGCCCCACUUUAGAAGAUUCCUUGCUGCCUAUGCAUAUUGCAGCUAAAUCAAAUGGCGAGGAGUCAAGUGGUAGUAGGAGACGAGGACGGCCUAGAAGGAAGACACUUUCAAAUACAAACAGUUGUUUAUUUGCUUCUGGUACCGAGUCCUCAAAGGCGGCUACUACAAUUACCAAUUCGGACAAUCCCAUGGCUUUGACCAAGAGUGACGGUGAAGCUAUAGCAAGCGAUCUUGCUUCAAUUGGUUCGUUGAGGUGUCAUAUAGGAAAGUGCAAUGUCAAUAUGAGUGCUGCAUCAUCUGAUGCCACAUCACCAACACAUGGCUUGUGUAAUGCAAAUUACAAGGAAAUAUUAAGUGUCCAGCAGACAACUCCCCAGCCAAAUGAUAAUGUGGCCUCAGUCCAAAAUUGCAAGAAAGAAUUAAUUGUCUACACCAGAAGGCGUGUACGAGGACCUACAAAGAAACCUGCUUCAAAUGAGACCUACUCACCGGCUCUUAGUGGUGAUGCUCAGAAGACGGAGAGAUUCUCCACGUAUAUCAUGCCAAAUAAUAAUUUGUCUUCUGUUGAGAAUCCCAAUCUACUGGGUUCAUCUAUAAGUGAAGACAUGGCUAACGAGGCUGGUUUGGUUGGAUGUAAGAGUGCACUUGCUAACCAUGAAGUUGUGGAAAUGAAUGAUAGUGAAGCUGUAAACAAAGUUGCGCCUGUUCCUUCUGAAAACAGUGCCCAGAUCAUUGUUGCGGAAGAUACAGAAGUAGUUCCAUCCAAAGAAUCAAGUAAAAAUGAUAUUAUUACUUGUGCAGAAAACUCAAACUUUUCUGCAAUCCCCAAAGGCAUUCAUCUACCAAGGGUCGUCUUGUGUUUAGCUCAUAACGGCAAAGUUGCUUGGGACAUCAAAUGGAAGCCUCCUUUACCAAAUCAGUCAGAACAAAAAUCACAUUUGGGUUUUCUUGCAGUACUAUUGGGAAAUGGCUCACUUGAAGUAUGGGAAGUUCCAUCUCCAAGCAUGAUCCAGAAAAUAUAUUCCUCUUCUUCAGUGAAGGGCACCGAUCCUCGCUUUCUAAAGCUGCAACCUGUAUUUAGAUGUGCUAAAGUUAAGUGCGGAAACAUACAGAGCAUUCCCUUGACAGUUGAUUGGUCGCCUUAUCCUCAUGAUAUGAUACUAGCAGGAUGUCACGAUGGAACGGUUGCUUUAUGGAAGUUCUCUACAGACUUGCCAUCACAAGAUUCAAAACCUUUUAUGUGUGUCACUGCUGAAUCUGUUCCCAUCAGAGCCCUCUCGUGGGCACCAUAUGUAAGUGAGGAAAACACAAAUAUCUUCGUCACUGCUGGAGAGGAUGGCCUAAAAUUCUGGGAUUUAAGAGAUCCAUACCGUCCUCUGUGGGAACUAACCACUGCCCCAAGGGCUGUUUUAAGUCUUCAUUGGUUAAAGGAGGCUAGAGGUAUUAUCAUCUCACUGGAAGAUGGCACAUUGAAGUUCCUCAGCCUACCUAGAAUUGCCAAUGAUGUUCCAGUCACCGGAAGGCCAUUUGCUGGGACUAAAACUCAGGGCGUUUCUACUUAUCAGUUGUCAGAAUAUUUGAUAUGGAAUGUCCAUGUCUCAGAAAUUACCGGUUAUGCGGCUUAUUGUGUGGCAGAUGGUACUGCUGUGCGCUUCCAGCUUACUUCGAGAUUCUGGGAGAAGGAACCUGGGAGGAACCGUGUGCCCUAUUUCCUUUGUGGUUCGCUAGCAGAGGAGGGAACAACCAUUAAGAUUGGUGGAACAUUGCAAAGCUCUCCUUUGUCAAAUGUUCCUCUGAUUGCAAAGAAGGGUCCAAAACCAUGCCAAAAAGUACCUAAAGCCCACAAUACACAAAAAGAGCAAGUACUAACACUCACCAACUCAGAACAUGUAGAUCCAGAACUUAGAGAGGGUCGACUAGAUGGACCUGGGGAGGGCCAAGAGACUAAUGCUCUGGCUUUAGCCGAUUCUCUUAUGCUAGAGAAUGGUGGCACAUGCAACGUCCCAGUUGAUGAAGACACUAAAGACUUUGAGCUCUUCCCUCCCAAAGCUGUAGCGCUGCAUCGACUGAGGUGGAAUAUGAACAAAGGCAGCGAGAAAUGGUUAUGCUAUGGAGGCGCUGCAGGCAUCAUUCGUUGUCAGAGGAUCUAAAAGGCAAGCACAAAUGGGGAAUGUUCGCUGCAACCCAGGGUCUUCCGUGUGUAUCCACCUACACAAUAAGCUGUUGCAGCAUCAGCUGUUACUUGCAGCAAUAUAUGGUAUGUUCGUCCGGUUCAACCUUUCAACGGGUUGCCAUUGCGGAUGUCCAGUGAUGCACAGUUAUACUCCCUCCGUCCGGAAAUACUUGUCGGAGAAAUGCAUAAAAAUGGAUGUAUCUAGAACUAAAAUACAUCUAGAUACAUCCAUUCCUCCGACAAGUAUUUCCGGACGGAGGGAGUACAUAACAGAGCUGUGUAUCUUAGGAACUCCAACAGAUCCUUGUAGUUUAGGAACUCAAGUUCAGGCAAUAUGAGCUACCAGCUCCUGCAUAUCUUGGGCUCAUACUCCCUCCGUCCGGAAAUACUUGUCAUUGAAAUAGAUGUAUCUAGAUGUAUUUUAGUUCUAGAUAUAUUCAUUUUCAUCCAUUUUGAUGACAAGUAUUUCUGGACAGAGGGAGUAGUUCUGAGAAUAUUAGCAGCUCAGCAACAGAAUAAAGGGCAUAGGUCUGGAAUAAGUGCGGGCUAGGCGCCUGCAACUUCUCUGAACCUGGUGCAAGUUGUAACUGAGUUUUUUUUUCUUCCUGUAAGGCUGUAACAUAUGUACAUCUAUUGUUUACGCAGUCACACAAAUUCAGCAAUGUCAUUGACAAACUGAACAAUGUCACGCCAAUAUGUAAUAGACGAAUAAUGGAAAUCAUGAGCCAUUGCUCUUGAUCAAAAGUUGCGUGA